AUGAAUGCUGCUUGUAUGACGUAAACCAGCAAAACUCGAGCCAGACUGCAUUGAGGGAAAGUUCGAGGGACCUCAGAGGCUCGUUGAACCCAACUCCGGGGUGCAGUCAUCUGCAGUGUUGUUAAUCGAGUCCUCCCUCCCUCGUUUCUCUAAACGGCUUCUUUUGGUUUACUCCAAUGCCGGGGUCAUUGAGAAACAGAAGUACUGUUCUUGGUAAACUUGACACUAAAGUGAAGGUUUUACUAACGAUGAGACGUGCGAAAAUGUUCCAGGACAAUCAUUAAGGAUGCACUGGUUAAUGUCGACUAGUUUGAGUUUGCCGGUCUGUUUUCAUAUCUUAAUUUCAGCUCUUAUACUGGAAACCUCAGCCCUUACAUAUGCAGAGACAUCCUAUGAAUACAUAGCUGCUGACCUGCAGUGGGAUAGUGCAGACGAACUGUGUUACCAGCGGUCUGGGGCCUUAGCCAGUGUCUCCACUUCAGCUGAGAAGCAAGAGAUACAAAACUAUUUAAAGUCGAUGAACAUCUCUGAAGCUGUGUGGAUUGGCAAGAAAUUCACAGUCCAGCUACAAAGUAACAUCUCUUUCUUUUUGGACUCCAUAUUGAAUGGAGAUCCCUUGGAGAAUCAGACAUUUUCUGUAGAAUUUGUCCACAGCCCUCAGCCUGAUGAAGAGUGUGGCAUAUUUGACCCUGUUACAGGAAGUUUGGUCCACGAUAAUUGUGACUCUUUCAGAGGAGCUGUCUGCCAAUAUAAGAAAGUUGUAGAAGUGCUGGGCGACUUCCAUUUCCCAAAGACUCCUUUCUUCAGCAUAUUGAGCCAUUACCCUUUAACCAAUUAUGAGCAGAUUGUCAACAACCCCUGGGACAAAGAGCUAAACUCACUGCAUCAGAUGACCCGGGCUGUCCUGGAUUUAAUGGAGGCCCACAGUCCAAAUGCUCUCACAUCCAAUGAUAUCCACUUUCUGUCCACAAGGAUGGAGAUGGGCUUGUCUGCCCUGGCUAGUAGCCGUGCAGCCAGUGCGAAUGCAGCAGAGGCCAUGGCGUCCAUGGCUAGAGAUUAUGUAAAGAUAUCAAGUGUGAUGCUGGAGCCUCAUGUGGCGCAGCAAUGGAUGGGUUUAACAGAUGACGGGAUCAGCAUGGGUCCGUUUACAAUUGUCAAUAGCAUUGACAAUCUUACUGAAACUCUGGCAGACAUACUAUCUGCCGAAGGAAAAAGCUUCUCACUUUCUACUAAGAAUAUAGAUGUGUUCAUCAGGGGACACAAGCUGAGUGAAAAAAGCUGCUGUCAGUCAUUUAAACCCUCUGACAUCAGCUCCAACACGGUGAGGGGAAAUGAUCAGGAUGAGCUGCUGAUCCCAGACUUGGAGUUGCAGAGAAUUCACAAACUGGGACAUACAGAUGUGAUGUUUAUUCACACUCAUUACAGCCAUUUGAACCAGAUUUUAUCUUCCAGCACAUCACAGCCAUUUCAGAGUCAACAUGAGAAAGAGAAAAGUAUUCUCUCAGGACACCUGGCUUCUGCUGUCAUAUCAGCCACUCUCCGCGAUACCUCAAAGGCCCAAACAAUCCCUGUUGCUGUCAAGUAUACCCUGUCCUCUUCACAUAUGAUGGAGUAUGCACAGGGAUUUUCUCCUGUCUGUGCCUUUUGGAAUUUCAACCUAACGAAUAAUCAUACUAGUGGCUGGUCCAAUAAUGGCUGCAGUGUGAUCUUUGCUGGCUCUGAUGCUACGUCAUGUGUAUGCAACCAUACCACAAAUUUUGCAGUAUUGAUGAAUUACUUAAAACCAAAGUGGAGUCCUGAGGAAGAGCUUGUUUUGACCAAGCUGACAUUUAUCGGCUCGGGAGCAUCUUUAUGUGCUCUAGUGGUGACGUUGAUGCUGUUCACUGUAUUGGAUAUACCACGAUCUGACAGGACAUCCAUCCAUAAGAAUUUAUUCAUUGCUCUGAUCUGUGCUCAAGUGAUUCUGCUCUGCAGUGGUUCGGCCAUUCAUAACAAGAUUGCGUGUACACUUGUGGCAGCGUUACUUCACCUCUUCUUCAUGGCUGCCUUCAGCUGGAUGCUGGUCGAGGGUCUGCUGCUUUGGAGCAAAGUGGUUGCUGUCAACCUCAGUGAAGAAAGACACAUGAAGUAUUACUAUCUCAUCGGCUGGGGUCUACCAGUCCUCAUAGUCACCAUCACACUGGCGUCAGCCUCAGGCAAAUACUUGGCGGACGGCUAUUGCUGGCUUAGUGUCCAGAAUGGUGUAAUUUGGGGCUUUGCUGGACCUGUCAUCUUCAUCAUCAUGGUGAAUUUUAUGGUACUUACCAGGGUGGUGGUCAUCACUAUUUCUACAGCCAAGAGGAGGUCCAUUAUGUUGGCCAUGGGUGCGAGUCCGGUGGAACAAACCUACGAGCAAGUUAGGGCUGCGGUGAAAGCAGUUUUGGUUUUGCUGCCCAUUCUUGGAUUGACUUGGUUGUGUGGCGUCCUGGUGCCUUUCUCCAUUGUCUUGGCCUACAUCUUCAUCAUCCUCAAUUCCCUACAGGGCUUGUUCAUCUUCCUGAUAUAUGGGGUGUACAACACAGAGGUUCGGACCACGGUCAACAGGAUUAAGGAAAGGAGAAAGGCGCUUAAUUUUUCAAACUGCGCCAGUUCCCGCCCAUCCACCUCAGGCACUAGUUCACGUCCUGUCAGCUUACCAACCCCGAACCAGGAGGAGGCAAACACAUUCGAUAAGUGCAACACCCAGGGCCAGCAGAAGGAGGGAGACUGUACCACAACUCAGGUGUCCAUUCCGGCUAUUUCAAUGGAGUCUUCGCCAUCCUCCCACAAUUCCACAGGAACUCAUCUGCAUACAAAGGAUGGCCCCACUGCACAAGUGAAAGCUCCACCAGCUGGUUGUAGUCACAACGUCCCCAUGGAGUUGGAGUUUACUGCAUCUUGCUUCUCAUCUUAAAAGACCUUCAGCCUUCUCAUAGAAAGGCCCAACUACUCUAAUGAGAAGCUUCAAUUUUAAAUUGUGAAUAUUUUAUGUGUGUCUUUGCAUGUGCGCGUGGGGGUGUGUGGGUGUGUAUGUACUGUGUGUGUGAGAUCAAUGUUCCUUUUCAUCAUGCCCUAACCUUUACGAAAAGUGUAACAGUUUACAUGGUGUAUUUUUCCAGACCCAUCAUGGUCCACUGCGUGUACUCAUAACCGAAAAUAUCUGACACCACUGCAGUAACUGCACUCCAAACCAGGUGGCGAUAUUGCACGUAAAACUGCUUGUCAAUCGCUGUUGAAUAAGAUAAAGAAAAGUGAAACACAAGGAGAGCCAUCAGCUUCAUUCAAAUUAGAUAUUCAAAACUAUCUUGUUCCCCCUGCAGUACAACAGUGAAGUCAUGCAAGUUGUAGGUUGAAUAAGGUUGGUGUGUUGCCACUUUUCGAUAAGUGUGAGUAAUAAGUGUGAUUAAUGUCAAUCAAACCACCUCAACCAUAUGUUUUAGAUGGCAUCUUGCCAAUCAUUUGAGGUAGGCAAAAGACUAUUUUUAGAAGCCUGUAGCUGUGAAAGAACACAAUACCUAAGUUUUUUGGUUAGGUCUUGCCCCCAUGCAGUAAAUAAAUAGCUUAAUAUUCUAUAAUAAAAUUAUAUUAGGUAGGUCUAAUGGCUUACACUCAAUGUCUGUAAAAAAAAAAAUCAACUAAGAAGCAUCCAUUUUGGCCUUUUUGUGAUUUUCCAGUGGACAAAAUUCUAAGGUCCAUAACUCCAAACUUGAUUACAUAUUGAACCUGUGAAGCUUUAAGCCAUUGCUAAUAAUGAAAUACGUAAUAAAUGUUUUUCUAACUCUAAAAAGUCACUUUUUAGUUAGGGCUUGUCGUGUCUUUACUGGGAAACUAGGAAAGUUUAACUCAUACAGGAAAUCAAACAAUGGCUUGUGUACAUAAGUAACUGUGUUUGAGAAGUCAUUAGGCUACUCUUUGUUUCUAAUGUACAGCUUAAUGCAAAAUACAUUCAUGUAUAUUUCGUGACAUGAUUACAGAAAUAACAUGUAUUUACUUACAAGAGUCCCAUUCCGAUACCUAGACAGUGUACUAGGAUAACUAAUCCCAACUAAUCCCUAAAACUAUCCUAACAUGUAACAGUAUAUAUACGGUUUAGUGCAGCAGUGGUUUAAAUCAAGUUAUAUAUAUACAUUUAUGGCGGAAAACAGACAAGACUGAAAAAGCAGGUUCUGCUCUUGCACUCCUCAUUAAAAUAAACUGCGGUACUUUAAGCCAGAACAGCUUUUGUCUUGGAUAGAACAAUAUGUCUAUAUGCUGCCAUAGCAGAUUCAUGUCACAUUAAGCCCCUGAACUAUUUUUAAUUUGUCCCUUUUACCCUGAAAACCCCGGUUUACAAACGUCGUGCAACAGCUUUUGUUUCAACCCAGCCAUAAAAAGAAGGUAUUUAUAUUUAUUAAUCAAAAUGUCUGUCAUUUUUAGCUUAGAAUCAUUAAUUCAUGUCUAAUAUUUCGUUGAAAAAAAAAAGACUUUAAAAAAUUAUUCACUCGCAUAUUUUAAACAAAUUACAUCACAAUGAAAAAAAUGGCGUCUGUAAAAAAGAUAUCUACCUCAUAACUAUCGAUUAAUUGUAUUUUUUUCUUAAUGUCACAUUUUCACCCAAUAUGUUAGAUGAUAAAUAAUCGAUCCAAACAAAGAAAAAUUGAGGGGAAAAAAAAAAAAACCUUUAAAAGGGUAAAUAUAUUGAAAAGAACAUCUCGACCACUCCUGAUGUCUGCGAUUUCUACAUCACGACCCUUACUAUGUUUCACCCAUAAAAUUCCCCCAAAAUCCGGCUAUGGCCAUUCACAUUUAUGUCUUGACACUCGAUACGUGCUACAUGGAGUUUUUGGAUCGAAACAAGGUAAUUAUGUGAUAAUAUCUCGUUAAAAUCAUGGCGUCUUUAAUUCUGUUCUUGGGUGCUCUCGCCUCCAGUUAGGGUUUUGCUGUUUAAUUUUUUUUUUCUUUUUUAUGCCCUCUUGUUCAAAAUUUUUCUUCCCGCAGAAAUUUGAGAUUUUAGGCUUUCCAAUGGUGUAUCACACGUGCAUAUCGGACAGUUUUGAAAUUUGGCUUGAGUGUUUUCUGCCAUAUACAAAUUAUUUGCUUGUACAUUAGUUGUCCAGCAGAAAAUAAGGCUGCAAAUUACCUUCUUAUGAAUAAACCACACACUCCUAGCUUCCAAUUUUAGUUGUUUCAGGUUCUGUAUGUGCACACUAUCAUUAAUUAUAAACUAAUUAAGACAAUUAAGUUUACAGUGCAUUCAACCUUUUUUUUUUUAAACUUUUCAACAUGUACUAGUGUUUCUGAAAUGUACCUAAAUGAUGUAAAUUAUAUUCAAAAUGAU